ACAUUUUGCACUUCCAAUGAUCAAUCAUGAAAAUUUCAAGAAACUGACGGAACGAACAAAAAGCCAAAUUUUGGACAGAUUUUGUUCCGGAUGGGCUGCAGGAGGGAUGAAUCCAACAAAACGUCUGAGUCGAUUACUGACAACGGAAGGUGUCGACGGAAACACAGUCGCCGAACGAGAUGAAAAAUUGUCAACAUUUAUGGAAAUUGAUUCUCGAGUAGCUUUUGGAAGUUUAGAAGAAAUAAAUUGA